AUUUCUCGGUUUACUUACAGCUUUAUUUACAUUUAUCGAAAUUAGAAAACGAAAUAGUUUUAUACUCAUCCAUUUCCAACAAGUUUCGAUUGACAAAUAGUGUUCAAUGUGACUAGAAAUAGAGCUUAAAUUUGUGGCAAAGCGGCCUUCAAUACGCAUUGAUUCACAGACAUUAUUCCAAAUGUAUUGUUUUGAUAGAUAAUGGAUCCGAGAAUGUGCAGAAAAAUCAGUAGUAGUGAAAGUCUUCCAGAUGCUGAAAAUGUGGAAUAUGAAGUCGCGAGCAUUAUCGCGCCGCAAGAGAGCGAGGAGAACCUGCUGGAGGGCAGCCCGGAGCUGCGCUCCGUCACCUGGCUGGACGACGACCAGAUCGAGGACCUAGAUCUUAAUUUAGACCAAACUAACCUAUUUUUUCAUAGAGUCGAUAGUGCAGAUAUAAUUUAUAGAAGUAAGAAGAAAAAAUGCAAAAUGGUGGGGAAAUACGUUAUGGGGGAUAUUUUAGGGGAGGGUUCGUACGGGAAAGUGAAAGAGAUGCUAGACUCUGAGUCGCUGUGCCGGCGCGCGGUGAAGAUCCUGAAGAAGCGCAAGCUCCGCAGGAUACCCAACGGAGAGCAGAACGUGCAGCGAGAGAUACAGCUGCUCCGGAUACUUAGACAUAAGAAUGUGAUAGAACUAGUCGAUGUUUUAUUUAAUGAUGAAAAACAGAAGAUGUACCUUGUCAUGGAGUUCUGUGUGGGUGUUCUACAGGACAUGUUAGAGUCAAGUCCGGGCAAAAAGUUCCCGCAGCAGCAGGCCCAUGACUACUUCACGCAGCUACUAGACGGCCUGGAGUACUUGCACGGACAGGGAGUCGUGCACAAGGACAUCAAGCCGGGGAACCUGCUGUUGACUCUCGACUCCACACUGAAGAUUACAGACUUUGGUGUUGCUGAGGCACUCGACAUGUUUUCACCGGAAGACACGUGCUACACCGGGCAGGGCUCCCCCGCCUUUCAGCCGCCCGAGAUCGCCAACGGCGCCGAAACCUUCUCCGGCUUCAAAGUCGACAUCUGGAGUAGCGGCGUCACAUUAUACAACAUGACCACAGGCCGCUACCCGUUCGAGGGUGACAACGUGUACCGACUGUUGGAAGCGAUCGGUCGCGGCGAGCCAGCGCCUCCGCCCGCCAACCUGGGGUCCACACUGCGGUCUCUACUCAUAGCCAUGCUGCAGCGAGAGCCGCAGCGGAGGCCUAGUGUUAAUGAGAUCAGGAGACACGCAUGGGUUCAAGCGACGCCGCCACUAGAGGCUGGCGAGCGAGCUGUGAGCCCGCGGUCGCGACGCUCCGACGACCUGCAUAACUCCACCGUGCUGCCCUACCUCGUGGAGCGGCACUACGGCUCACAGGACUACUUCACCGGCGACCUGCGCCACGAGCUUGGCGACGGUGGUUCCCGGACCCUAUCCACAGCUGAAUUAUCUGAGCAGUCAUCCCACAAGCAUCGCUGGCACUCCGCCUGCGGCCGUAUCCCUUCCUGCCGCCUCACGUGAUCCAACCGAUUACAACCAACCACCUAGGACCAUUGCCUUGUCGCCACACAAUACAGAACUCCCAAUACUCUUUCCACAGCUGAACUGUCGGAAUAUGUCACGUAAGUGCGUUUUUACAUUAUUCGAUCCGAUAUCAGACCGAUAUCCCAUAUAUUUACGCCGCCGUCUUUGAUUUUUUCCUUUGAAAUCCUUCCUACAUCCGAUAUCGGAUCGGAUAAUGUGAAAGCGCACUAAGCACUGCCUGAGGCCGUCUCCCUUCCCACCGCCUCACGUGAUCCAACCAUCUAGGACCAUUGUGAUAUACUGCCCCGGUAAAGCAAUUAGCGGUAUCUCAUAAUCAAAAACAUUUGAAAAUGUUGUCAGUCAGAAAACUUAAGGUAUAUGUUUGCAUUACAAUUUUAUUUGGGAUAGCGCCAAUUGCCUUAUGAGGGCAGUAUAGUCGUCACACAAUACACAAACUAGGUUCCUGUAAUCUAUCCACGGCUGAUCUGUCAGAGCAGUCAUUGCUGGAUUGCUGGCACUUUGUCUGCGACCGCCUACCCUCUUGCCGCCUCAUGUGAUCCAACCAACUAUCUAGGACCCAGGAUAAUUGCAAUAUUAUCGCCAUGCAAUACAUACAUAACUCCCACUCUAUACACAGCCGAAAUGUUGAAACAUAUUACGUCAAUACCUGCGAUCGCCUGUCCUAAAACCGAUUGUCGAGGACCACUCAAUCUAUAGUCAUCAAUGUUUCUAAGCGAUCCAAAACAUUAGACUUAAGUAUAUUGACCGGGAUAUACACCGUGAUUACCUUUUAGAUUUUUGUCUAUCUCCCGACAUUUUCAGAGCUCGACAAAAAUCAAAAAGGUCGGUAAUCACGGUAAAUAUACCGAUCGAUAUAAGUCAAAUGGAACUAAUCGUGAAUCAUUCAAAAUGAUCCAAAACAUUACCCUAAUGGGUCAACUUUUCUUACCUUACCUUCUGCGUUUUAAACCCACCUGCAAAAAUGUUGAAUGGCCAUUUCGAAAUCAAUCUAGGGCCUAUUGCCCCCACACCACUGUUAUAGGCGCCAUUUAUUGGAUUAUAACUUAGGUAUUGUGAAAUAUGUUUGACGCUAAAGGCCCUCAAUGUUUUUCUAAUUUAAGGUUUGAUGUAAAAUGAUUGUUAUUGUCUUAUCUGUAUUGACACUGUUUGGCUUGUUAAUGUGUUUCUUCGCUGCUUAAAUUGUAUUCCAUUUUUGUAUACUUACAUAUUUAUAGUUUAUAAAAAAAAAUUGGUUUACUAUUUCUAAUAUGAAUGUACCGAAUAAUAAUAUUUUAUAUUGAAGAAAAUUGUAUCAACGGUUAUAUUUUUUCGGCAAACACGGCGGCAUGAUUAUUAAACAUUUUCAUAAACUCUAUCGGACAUAGAAGACUUUUUGAAAACGUUAUAUUUUAUUUCGAUAUUUUUGAGAAUAGGUACGGUCAACCAAGAAAGUGGUUUACCACUUUUCGACUCUAUUUUUAACACGUAAGGUCGAAAAGUGGUAAACCAUUUUUUUGGCUGACUGUACAUGUUUAAUGGCGACUCUACAGUCUUGGAAAGUUCUUAAACUUGUCUUAUGCACUCUUCGUGACAAUAAUGAUAUUGAUAAUGUACGAAAGAUAUAAGCAAUACUUAAUACAUAUAAAAGAGAAUAUCCGGAUGUUAAAACAAAUCAAAUAUCUAAUUAAAAACAGCGUAACACUUAAAAUUGUGAGCCUAUACCUUAGCAGAUUAUUCACUAGUACAAUGUAGUCAGAUACCAGGUAAACCUUGUUGCAACGAUUUAAGGACCAUUAUUUUAUAUUGUGCGAACCGUUAAAACACGGUACUAUUUUUGUUGCCGAAUACAAAAAUAAUAUGAAUAUAUCCAAAGUCAAAUGAUAUGAUAGGUACACAACCUCAAUCAAUAUGCAGGCAAUCAAGUCCUCGUCAAAAAAAAAAGUCCUGAAUACAUACAUAUAUUUGGCACUUCAAACGUAUGUAUAUUUUGAUUGCUGACUGUUCUAGGAUGUCACACAAGCGUAUUCUUACGAGUUUUCUGUGUAGACUAGGGUCUGUUAACUAAUGGGAUUUCAUAGGAUCCAAAAUUUAUGAAUAAUCGAAUACUUUGAAGAUAUCUACAAGAUUAUAUCUCAAUGGUCGAUGCGAUUUUGUUUCGGGACUUGCAAUUAAAUAAUGUAUUAUAUUGUAUAUUCGUAAUAAAUGGCAUUGUGUAAAUGUAAUAAUGAUAAAAUUUAAAAGCAAAAAGUUUGAAGGAAAGAUGGGAUUUCUAGAUGGCUCUAUUAGGCACUGGUUCCACCGCGAGCUAGUAAGCUAUGAGCUAUCGGCUAUAAAAACGAACAAAAGAUAAGUACUCCCGUAAAAAUAAAAGAGACAGGGCGAUAUUAAUAGCUCACCGCUGGGCGAGUAGCUAUGAACCAGUGGUCCAGUGCCUUAUAACGCCAUAUGUUUUGUGGUGGCUAUUUUGUAUGUUUUUCUGUCAAUUUUUGCCAUGAGUUUUUCUUAGAUAUCUUAUCUCUCUAAUUUUAAAACUUUUUCAAUAAAAGUUAUGUUUGUGGCUUGCAAACGUACCUUUACAACACGGCGAUUUUUCUUGUUAGUUGAAUUCACUUAAUAAAUUCAUAUCUAACUGUUCAAUUGGAAUAAAAGAGAAAUAUAGACGGUCAACAAUCUUGCCACUGUGCGUAAUCCAAAUACUCUGUAGGAAUUGAACCUUCGCCCCUACAUUAUCAAUCAAUUUUUAAGUGUUAUUUUGGCUCGGUGAUGAUUCCGCCAACGUCAAAAGUUUAGCAAGGCACGCUUUUUAUGAAGGCCUAGUGACACAUUUGACUGUAAUUUUUCAAAUUCGCGGCCUUUUUAACCACCGCCCCAAUCUCAAGGAAGGAGGUUCUCAAUUCGUCUGUAUUUUAUUUUUUUUUUUUUAGUGCCAAGAUUGGGAUGACCAUCUAUAUAACAGCAAUUAUUCUUGUCCGCGGUAGACCCUUUGACAUAUUCUUGAGGGACUGGAUCUCAAAACUGUGCGUAGUUUUCGAUAUUAUCUUGCCAUAAUGGAUCAGUUCUCGAUUGUUUACCUUGCUUGUCAAAUCUUGGGAUGCCUAUGAGCAUAAUACGUGACAUGUUAUUUCGAAACGCCUAGAUCUUAGAAUGUUGUACCAGUAUAAUACGGUCCCACAAAAUUGUUGAUUGAGAUAUUAAAUACAUUUAUGUACAUACAUAUUUCUCAUUAGAAGAUUCAGAGCUAAUUUCUUGUCUUGAUUGAGUUUAAAAUUGUAUAAAUUUGAUAGGUACC